GAAACUCAAAGAGUCUUCAUCCUGCACUGUUUCUCUCUGUGUCUGUGGGUGAGUUUAUUAAAAUGGCAGAGGCCAGUAUUUCAGUAGAUCAGCUUUCAGUGGAUCAGUUCAGCUGUCCAGUGUGUCUGGAUCUCCUGAAGGAUCCAGUGACUACCCCGUGUGGUCACAGUUUCUGUAAGGUGUGUAUUAAUGACUGCUGGGAUCAGGAGGAUCAGAAGGGGGUCUACAGCUGUCCUCAGUGCAGACACACGUUCACUCCAAGGCCUGUUCUACACAGAAACAACAUGCUGGCUGAAGUGGUGGAGAAACUGAAGAAGACUGAAGUCCGAGCUGCUUCUCCUGCUCACUGUUACGCUGGACCUGGAGAUGUGGAAUGUGAUUUCUGUAGCGGGAGGAAACACAAAGCCGUCAAGUCGUGUCUGAUGUGUCUGGCCUCCUUUUGUGAAACUCAUCUGAAACCUCAUUAUGAAGUUCCUUCCUGGAAGAAGCACAAGUUAAUCGAAGCCUCUGGAAAUCUACAAGAGAAGAUCUGCUCUGAGCAUGAUAAAGUCCUGGAGAUCUACUGUCGUACCGACCAAAGCUUCAUCUGUUAUCUGUGUACGAUGCAUGAACACAGAGGACAUGACACAGUUGCAGCUGCAGCAGAACGAUCUGAAAAACAGACUGAGCUGAAGGAGGAGCAGAUGAAAUUCCAGCAGAGAAUCCAGGAGAAGCAGAAGAAGGUGCAGGAGCUGAAACAGGCUGUGAACAUUAUAAAGCUCAGUGCACAGACAGCAGUAGAUGACAGUGAGAAGAUCUUUACUGAGAUGAUCAGCUCCAUGGAGAAAAAGCUCGAGGUGACGGAGCUGAUCAGAGAUCAGGAGAAGGCUGAACUGAGUCGAGCUGAACGACUCCUGGAGCAACUGGAGCAGGAGAUUUCUGAUCUUCAGAGGAGAAUCACUGAGCUGGAGCAGCUUUCACACACACACGAUCACAUCCAUUUCCUCCAGAGUUUCCAGUCUCUCAGUGUAUCUUCUGGAUGUGAGGACUCACCCAGCAUCACUGUCCAUCAACAUCUCUCAUUUGAUAGAGUGAGGAAAUCAGUCUCUGAUCUGAAAAGAGAUUUGAGGAACUCUGCCAGGAGAAAUUCAUAUUUCUGUGAUCUGACUCUGGAUCCCAACACAGUAAAUUAUGACCUCAUUCUGUCUGAGAAGAACAAAGUGGUGACACACAGUAGGACAAAGCAGCCGUACUCUGAUCAUCCAGAGAGAUUUGACUACUAUGAGCAGGUGUUGAGUAAAGAGAGUGUGUGUGGACGCUGUUACUGGGAGGUGGAGAGGAGCAGUGAGGAUUUCUGUAAGGUGUGUAUUAAUGACUGCUGGGAUCAGGAGAAUCAGAAGGGGGUCUACAGCUGUCCUCAGUGCAGACACACGUUCACUCCAAGGCCUGUUCUACACAGAAACAACAUGCUGGCUGAAGUGGUGGAGAAACUGAAGAAGACUGAAGUCCGAGCUGCUUCUCCUGCUCACUGUUACGCUGGACCUGGAGAUGUGGAAUGUGAUUUCUGUAGCAGGAGGAAACACAAAGCCGUCAAGUCGUGUCUGAUGUGUCUGGCCUCCUUUUGUGAAACUCAUCUGAAACCUCAUUAUGAAGUUCCUUCCUGGAAGAAGCACAAGUUAAUCGAAGCUUCUGGAAAUCUACAAGAGAAGAUCUGCUCUGAGCAUGAUAAAGUCCUGGAGAUCUACUGUCGUACCGACCAAAGCUUCAUCUGUUAUCUGUGUACGAUGCAUGAACACAGAGGACAUGACACAGUUGCAGCUGCAGCAGAACGAUCUGAAAAACAGACUCAGCUGAAGGAGGAGCAGAUGAAAUUCCAGCAGAGAAUCCAGGAGAAGCAGAAGAAGCUCAGUGCACAAACAGCAGUAGAUGACAGUGAGAAGAUCUUUACUGAGAUGAUCAGCUCCAUGGAGAAAAAGCGCUCGGAGGUGACGGAGCUGAUCAGAGAUCAGGAGAAGGCUGAACUGAGUCGAGCUGAACGACUCCUGGAGCAACUGGAGCAGGAGAUUUCUGAUCUUCAGAGGAGAAUCACUGAGCUGGACCAGCUUUCACACACACACGAUCACAUCCAUUUCCUCCAGAGUUUCCAGUCUCUCAGUGUAUCUUCUGGAUGUGAGGACUCACCCAGCAUCGCUGUCCAUCAACAUCUCUCAUUUGAUAGAGUGAGGAAAUCAGUCUCUGAUCUGAAAAAGAGAUUUGAGGAACUCUGCCAGCAGGAUUUCAUCAAAAUCCCUCGACAUGAUUUCUGUGAUCUGACUCUGGAUCCCAACACAGUAAAUUAUAACCUCAUUCUGUCUGAGAAGAACAAAGUGGUUACAUUUAGAAAGACAAAGCAGCCGUACUCUGAUCAUCCAGAGAGAUUUGACUCCUACUGUCAGGUGUUGAGUAAAGAGAGUGUGUGUGGACGCUGUUACUGGGAGGUGGAGAGGAGCAGUGAUGGUUAUGUGUACAUAUCAGUCUCAUAUAAAGACAUCAGAAGGAAAGGACGGGCUCUGUUUUUGUGCUCCUCCUCUGUUACACAACCAGGAAGUGACUUCUCACUUCGGAGAAAAAGAAACUCAAAGAGUCUCCUUCCUGCACUGUUUCUCUCUGUGUCUGUGGGUGAGUUUAUUAAAAUGGCAGAGGCCAGUAUUUCAGUAGAUCAGCUUUCAGUGGAUCAGUUCAGCUGUCCAGUGUGUCUGGAUCUCCUGAAGGAUCCAGUGACUACCCCGUGUGGUCACAGUUUCUGUAAGGUGUGUAUUAAUGACUGCUGGGAUCAGGAGGAUCAGAAGGGGGUCUACAGCUGUCCUCAGUGCAGACACACGUUCACUCCAAGGCCUGUUCUACACAGAAACAACAUGCUGGCUGAAGUGGUGGAGAAACUGAAGAAGACUGAAGUCCGAGCUGCUUCUCCUGCUCACUGUUACGCUGGACCUGGAGAUGUGGAAUGUGAUUUCUGUAGCGGGAGGAAACACAAAGCCGUCAAGUCGUGUCUGAUGUGUCUGGCCUCCUUUUGUGAAACUCAUCUGAAACCUCAUUAUGAAGUUCCUUCCUGGAAGAAGCACAAGUUAAUCAAGCCUCUAAAUCUACAAGAGAAGAUCUGCUCUGAGCAUGAUAAAGUCCUGGAGAUCUACUGUCGUACCGACCAAAGCUUCAUCUGUUAUCUGUGUACGAUGCAUGAACACAGAGGACAUGACACAGUUGCAGCUGCAGCAGAACGAUCUGAAAAACAGACUCAGCUGAAGGAGGAGCAGAUGAAAUUCCAGCAGAGAAUCCAGGAGAAGCAGAAGAAGGUGCAGGAGCUGAAACAGGCUGUGAACAUUAUAAAGCUCAGUGCACAGACAGCAGUAGAUGACAGUGAGAAGAUCUUUACUGAGAUGAUCAGCUCCAUGGAGAAAAAGCGCUCGGAGGUGACGGAGCUGAUCAGAGAUCAGGAGAAGGCUGAACUGAGUCGAGCUGAACGACUCCUGGAGCAACUGGAGCAGGAGAUUUCUGAUCUUCAGAGGAGAAUCACUGAGCUGGAGCAGCUUUCACACACACACGAUCACAUCCAUUUCCUCCAGAGUUUCCAGUCUCUCAGUGUAUCUUCUGGAUGUGAGGACUCACCCAGCAUCACUGUCCAUCAACAUCUCUCAUUUGAUAGAGUGAGGAAAUCAGUCUCUGAUCUGAAAAAGAGAUUUGAGGAACUCUGCCAGGAGAAAUUCAUCAUAAUUCAUGAACAUGCUGCAGCAGUUCAGAUGAUUUUACCCUCAGAACCAAAGAGCAGAGAAGAUUUUCUGUACUAUUUCUGUGAUCUGACUCUGGAUCCCAACACAGUAAAUUAUUACCUCAUUCUGUCUGAGAAGAACAAAGUGGUGACACACAGUGGGACAAAGCAGCCGUACUCUGAUCAUCCAGAGAGAUUUAACUCCUACUGUCAGGUGUUGAGUAAAGAGAGUGUGUGUGGACGCUGUUACUGGGAGGUGGAGUGGAGCAGUGAUGGUUAUGUGUUCAUAUCAGUCUCAUAUAAAGAUAUCAGAAGGAAAGGAUGGGGUGAUGAGUGUUGGUUUGGAGGCAACAAUCAGUCCUGGAGUCUGCAGUGUUCUUCUUCUUCUGUUAAUUUCUGGCACAACAAAGUUAAAACUGAUCUCAAAGUUCCAUCAUCCUCCAGAAUAGGAGUGUAUGUGGAUCACAGUGCAGGAACUCUGUCCUUCUACAGCGUCUCUGAUACGAUGAAGCUCCUCCACAGACUCCACACCACAUUCACUCAGCCUCUAUACGCUGGAUUCUGGCUGAACUCUUACAGAACAACUGUGAGAUUAUGUGAUCCGUAAUAAAACAUUUGUACCCUAAGUUUCAAUUAAAAUAAGCAACGUUUUUUGUAUGUGAAGCUUCAUUCAGAAUGUCAUUAAAAUGUUCAUUUGUUA